AUGGUCAACAAAGAAGAGAUCGAAGAUGAGAUGCUUAAUGAGGUCGCACCAAAGGCUUUGGAUGAGGGCGAUAUUGCUAUUCUCAAGAACUAUGGUGUAGGACCUUAUACAAAGCCAAUCAAGACUCUGGAGGAAGAUAUCAAGAAGAUGACUGCCAAGGUCAAUGAAAUAUGUGGAAUCAAAGAGUCUGACACAGGAAUUGGACCACCCUCUCAAUGGGACCUUAUUGUGGACAAGAACUCCCAACAGGAGGAGCCACCUUUACAAGUGGCCCGUUGCACAAAGAUCAUCAACCCAGGCACACCAAACGCCAAGUACAUCAUUGCUGUGAAGCAGAUUGCCAAGUUUGUUGUUGCCCUUGGCGACAAGCUAUCACCAACUGAUGUUGAGGAGGGCAUCCGUGUUGGUUUCUCGCAUUGCAGAGUUGACCGUAACAAGUACCAGAUUCAAAUUCCACUGCCACCAAAGAUCGAUACAUCAGUGACAAUGAUGCAAGUGGAGGAGAAGCCAGAUAUCACAUACAAGGAUGUUGGUGGAUGCAAGGAGCAGAUCGAGAAACUGAGAGAGGUCGUUGAGAUGCCAUUGCUACAUCCAGAGAAAUUUGUCGAGCUCGGUAUUGAUCCACCAAAAGGUGUAUUAAUGUACGGACCCCCAGGUACAGGAAAGACACUCUGUGCGCGUGCCGUAGCAAACAGAACAGACGCCGCCUUUGUCAGAGUAAUCGGUAGUGAACUGGUGCAGAAAUACGUUGGUGAAGGAGCAAGAAUGGUGCGUGAUCUCUUCCAGAUGGCUAGAUCCAAGAAGGCAUGCAUUAUCUUCUUUGAUGAGGUUGAUGCUAUUGGUGGUGCCAGAUUUGACGAUGGCGCCGGUGGUGACAACGAGGUCCAGAGAACAAUGCUCGAGCUAAUCAACCAGCUGGACGGAUUUGACCCACGUGGAAACAUCAAGGUUCUGAUGGCUACCAACAGACCAGACACCCUUGACCCAGCCCUCCUCCGUCCAGGUCGUCUGGACCGCAAGGUUGAGUUUGGACUUCCUGACCUUGAGGGUCGUGCUCACAUCUUCACCAUCCACGCCAAGACCAUGUCUUGUGCCAGAGACAUUCGAUUCGAACUUUUGGCUCGUCUCUGUCCAAACUCCACUGGAGCAGACAUCAGGUCCGUUUGUACUGAGGCAGGAAUGUUUGCCAUCCGUGCUCGCAGAAAGAUCGUUACAGAGAAGGACUUCCUAGAGGCCAUUGACAAGGUCAUCAAGAGCUAUGCCAAGUUCUCUGCCACUCCCAAGUACAUGGUCUACAACUAA